CACGUAAGACGGUCACCGGUAUCGCCGUCGAGGUCGCGUAUAGCGUUAUACGUGCGCGAAAGGAAAAUCGUCCCGGAACGAGAGUGGGUUUUUUAGUGGGGAAUACUAUCUCGUCUCCGCGCUGACACACAUACCUGACCCGGUUGUUAGCCCGGAACAAGAACGGCGGCCGUGGUAAUUCCACCGGACUCGUCACAGUUUAGUUCCUACCACGAGAGACGAGUUCAAGGCGGUUUUUCAUCCAGCGUGUACCUUGCUAGACGUGUUUCUUCGGCGGAAUAUAGUACCAAAGUUUUUUUAAAUUGGUCAGCAAAUUAUAUAAAAAUGCGACUAUCAGUCGUAUUCGAAUUGCUGUUGAUCUUUUUGAUCAUAGCUUUUGCAGCCUAUGGUAGAGUAGUUCCGGAUAAAAAAGAUGUGUGGAAUAUUGGAUUAAAUAAUGUUAAAGAUCAUUUAAAAGCAAUGGGUCGAGCUAGACAAGCUACCCCUCAAGCAGCUCCUCCAAACCGAUACUGUGCUUGUUCCAAUCUUAUGUGUAAUUGUUGCCGAGAUUUUUCAUUGCCAGUAGUUCCUAUUAAAGGACCAGGUUGUGCAUCGUUGAAAUAUUUAAAAGGCGAUCAGAUGAUGGUGACGAUGAGCUUUGGUGACAAAGUUUUACGCAACACGACCAUAUCCGGGAAGAAACCAAAACCCGUGUGUAUGUCUCUACCUGGUGGUAUAUCAAAAUUCUGUGGUCGGGUGUAUGGUAUUUCAAGGGACGGAGAUCAAUUCAAAGCGUGUUUGGGACUUGAGCUUAGAGCUCUCGACGACGUUGAAGCCGCAUUGAGGGUAUCAUGUUUCCGGUUUGGGCCACAAGGUAUGAAAGUAGAACCAGCACAACCACUGCCAGCAUCUCAGACAUUACAAGGAGAGGACGAAGACGAUGAGGAUGAUGAUGACGAUGACGAUGACGAUGAUUACGGUCUUGGAGGUAGCGAUGACGAGGAAGAGGAGGACGACGACACUGUGGACGAGGACUCAGAAAACGACGUGGAAUCUACCGGCGAUUACACCGGUUUCAGUGCACUUAGCACAGAUUUCCUGGAUAGCCUUUUCGGUGGAGGUGGUGGCGAGGAAGACGAAGCGGAGACCAGUGUCAAACCAACCACCAAACCCGCCACGGUUACUGUAAAAUCAAAAAUAACUACACCACAACAGCUGACAAGUCAACAGGUGACAAGCGAGAAACAGACGAGCGCUGAAUCAGUGACGUCCACUUCGUACACGGUGAGUGUCGUUCAAGAUCCGGUGUCAUCGUCUUCCGAAGUCGUUGCUGAAGUGAGACCAACUUCUAUCACGCCGCUCGACGACAACCCUACCGACCGCGUAGAAACUGUGCCCACGCCAGUGACGAAUAAGAACAAGGAUUACGAGGACGACGAUGAUGAGGAUGAGGACGAGGACGACGGUGACAUCGUGUCGGACAUCAUCGAAACGGCUGCAAGCGCUGUGGGCAUGUCGGAUUCUGACAAAAACUCGACGGUCGCCACGACCAAGUCGGCUGACAAAUUAGCUACUACCGAGACAGCUGCAGUGUCGGCGGCAGCGUCUACGACGGUCGGCAGCGUACCGGCCGCCAAGGACUACGACGACGAUGACGACGAUGACGACGAUGACGACAGCUACAGCAGGCGUUUCAAGCACAUGCCCGUGGCAAUCGUGCCCAACGACAGGAGAGGCAGGACACACAGGAGGAUGAGAUUGUCCUCGUCGGACGACGAGUCGACGAUACAUUUCAUGAAGAAAGUAUAGAAACCGCUGCUCACGAAUGGCGUGAAUUACACACGCUUCAUUGUUCGUUAAGUUGUACAUAAUAAUAUAAUAUAUACUAUAUAACUUAUUAUUAAUUUAUUAAUUUAUUAUUCGAUGAAAUCAUAUCGUGAAAAAUAUAUAAUAUGUUUAUUUAUAUUUCGAGUGUUGUACGUCGGUUAUACACAAUGACAUUAUAUUUUUGCUUUUUUUUUGGAUUAUUAUUUCCUGUAGCUCAUAAUAACAUUAUACCGAUUGCAUUUUCGUUAUUUUGUGCAAAUAAAACCAAAUAAAUUGCAGAACAAUAUUA